AUGAAUAUUUAAUAGACUCGAAACUUUGUUGGAAAGAGGAUAGAUGAUUAUAUUUUUGUAGAAUUAUUAGGCUCAGGAGCAUUUGGUUAAGUAAAGCAUAUAUUAAAUGAAUAAAGGUAUUUUCUGCAUAAAACAUAAUUACAAAAGAAACAGUGGCUAUUAAAUGUGUUUCAAAAGUUAAAUUGUAAUUGAUUUGAUUAUAUUUUGAUUAGAAAAGAAAGUAAUGGGUUAGUAGGAUAAUUGUUAAAGACAGAAGUUUAAGUGUUAGCUUCAUGUAAUAAUAUAAAUGUUGUUAAAAUGAAUAAGUACCUAGAAAGUGAUAAUAAUUGCUAUUUAGUUAUGGAAUAUUGUAAUUGUAAAGAAAAUAAUUAUAUUAAUUUAGAAGGAGAUCUUGAAUAAUUAUUGAGGAAAAAGGGUUGUAUAAAAGAAGAAGUUGCAAUUUAGUAUAUGAAAUAGAUAUUGAAUGGAAUGAGAGGGUAAAACGAUAAAAAAUAAUAGAUUGCAUGAAAUGAAAGUUAUUCACAGAGAUUUAAAAUUGGCAAAUAUAUUAAUUUCUAAUUCUGUUUUAAAGAUAGGAGAUUUAGGAUUUGCUAAAAGAUUAGAAAGUUUAGAUGGAGUAGUUAAAGAAGCAUUGGGUACAUUAGGAACAAUGGCUCCAGAAAUCAUAGAAUUUAAACCAUAUGGAAUUCUUGCAGAUAUGUUUUCAAUUGGAGCUAUUUAUUAUCAAUUACUUUUUGGAGUACUACCUUUUAGAACUAUAAGUAACGAUGAUUUUCUUAAGGAUGUUAAAAAAAGUAAAUCUAAAUUCUAUUAUUUUAAAGAUUCACCUAAUUUAAAUAGAAAUAACAUUCAAAUAUCUAAAUAAUCUUAAGAGUUGCUCAUUAAAAUGCUUAAUCCAAAUCCAAAAUAAAGAUUGUAAUGGAAUGAACUAUAUUAAUCACCUUUAUUUUCUAAUCAAGUCGUUUAACGUGGUAUUCAAUUAUAAUCAAUUUAUUUACUUAGCCUUAUCCUAAUUAACAGUUGACAAAGUAGUUGCUACAUAAGUAGAUUUGAACAUGAAUAAGAAAGUCUAUGAGUAAAAUUAAUAAAAAUUUGACAAUAUCACUAAUUAGAAUAUGAUAAUGAAUUUAUAAUCUGAUGAUCCUAAAUUCGAACAUAAAUAAGUUGUGGAUAAUUCUAAGGAUGAAGAAUUAUUAUUAUAAGAAGCUCUUACAUAAAAACAUCUUUAGUAAUAAAAAACAAAUGAUUUAAACAAUGUAUUUGAAAAAUAUUUAAAUGAAAGAAAUACUUUAGUUUUCUUAGGUACUAUUUUACAUGAAAUUCAUUAAAGAAAUCACACUCAAAAUACUAAUGUAAUAAUUUUUAAUUAAUUUUAGGUGUUUCUACCUGCUUUUAUUAUUUCAAAGAAAUUGAUUAUUGAAAUGGGUCAAUUUCUAGAUAUUCUAAAAACGUAAAGAAAUAUUUAUUAAUGUGCAUAUUUCAUUGAACUUUAUACUUUCCCUUAAUUUAUUGCAUUCAUUAAAUUAUGUGAUGAAGAUUAUUAAAUUUAGAUGACCUAUUUUAAUGGUAUUCAAUAAUAAUUACAGUAUUUUAUAUUUUUAUUUUUAAGAACUCUCUUAUUUUAGAUGUAAAAUAAAGCGAAUGAACAAUAUAUUUCAGAAUCAUAACUUGCACCAUCCCUUUAAUUUGAUGAAAAUUAUCGUGAUAUCUUGAUCAAUUAUUAUAUGCAAUUAUAAGAUGAAAAAGGUUAAAGUGAAAAUCAAGACAAUUGCAUAAAUAAUCUAUCCAUUUAAGUUUUGGAUACUAUUUUAUUUGAUAGAGAGACUAAACAAGAAGUAAUAAAUUUUUCUCAUAUUUCAGUUAUUAAACUAAAAAGUUGAUGAAUAUUUUGAAAAAUUCAAUUACUUGACUAGCGAACAAAAGGAGGAGAUGAUUGAUCAAAAAAUUAAGCAAAUAUUUUCAUUUUGA